CUCACCUUAAAGGCUUUUCGCCUGUGCUCGGAGUUCAGUAAACAUCGAAAUGCUCAAGCUCACGGUUCUAAUUCUUAUUUUACUGGCCAUUGCCAAAAUUGGAUGGAGUCGUGAAAAGUUCACCAUACAGGUGAACGAAGACAACGCCGUCGGUGCUGUCCUCAAGGCGGAACCCUUUCUGAAAAUCAACGACGGCUACUACUUUUUUGGAACGGAGUCCUUGAACUGGUACGAGGCGUAUGAGAAGUGUCGGGAGCUGGAGUCAGAAUUGGUAACUUUCGAAACGGACCAGGAGUUCGACGUCGUCGCCGCCUAUUUAAUGGCCAACGGCUCGCGCCAGAACUACUGGACAUCCGGCAACGAUCUGGCCAAAACAGGAACCCACAAGUGGUUUACUUCCGGCGAGCGAAUAAGUACUCUAAGAUGGGCGGUCAACCAGCCCGACAAUGCCGGCCAGAGGGAGCACUGCAUCCACAUGGGCUACAUAUACGGCGACUCCAAGAGGUUCGAACUGAACGAUCGCCCCUGCGCCCAGGACGGCAACAGUUUGUUUAAGUACAUCUGCGAAGCUCCCAAGCUGGAAACCAUUUCCAUUGUGGUGUGGAAAUAAUUUUGGGGUGGUUCAAAAGUUUCACAAUUUCAGUCAAUUUUCUUCCUCUUGUAAAUACCUUAAAUACCUUACAGGAGGGACGAGCUUCUUAUGAACUAAUAAUUAAAAAGUAUAAAUACAUUAAAUUCUUUAGCAA